ACACUUCAGCCCAGAAGAAGCAGAGAAGUCUGAGACCAGUGUCAAGGAAGUGCCACCCAAAGCUCUAGACAGGAGGAUGUGGCUAUGGUCAGACCUACUUCAUGCCUCUACCACCCGUUUCCAUACUUUGGGAUCGUUCCUUCCUGGGGAUCUAGAGUUUGACCAGGUCCCUGCUGUGCCUCUUCCAUGCUCUUAGGCCAGGACUCCCCAAGGGGGUGACUUUGCCCAGUUUUUCAAACCGAGGGGACCAAGUGUUUCCUCAUCAGUUCACCUGGUGGAGAAGUAUGAGCCACAGCCGCUGACAGUGGGUGGCUGAGGGAGGAAGUUGGCAUAGACAGGAUGUGAUGUCUGCCACAGCAGUGACAGGCUGCCCCCUCCUCCAUUCCAGCAGCUUUCUUCCAGGGGAGACAACAGAAAACUAUUUUCAUGGCACAGACUUGGGAGAAAUGGUCAGAUGGCAGCGAUGUGUUUCGGAUAUGCACAGAGCCAGGGCCAGUCCUGAGGACUAUUUCUGCUCAGUUCUGUCUUGAGUUCAUCUGGCAGCAGCCUGGCCGCAGUUAGGCUGAGUUAGGAGAUCUACUCUGGGUUGACCUUUGAGUCCUUGUUUUGUUGAGGCCUCUUGCUCCUGUCCUGCUGUCCACACGGGUAUGCUGAGAUUGGCCUUAACAAAGUAGUUUCAGAGAGAACAUUCCAGGCUUGUGUUUGACCAUCUUGCCAUCCAUCCUACAUAGACUGUGAGGAGGACUCAGCCUCACUUUCCUGUGGAAGUUCAGGCAGAUGCAUAGUGCAGCAGGAACCAUGGGGAGAGGUAUGAUGUGGGGCUUUCUUCCCCUUCUUUGUUUCUCUCACCUGCCCCACUUCUUUGGUCCUGAAUUCUUCCAUGUAUAAAUUCCAACUGAAGACUUCAACCCUACUUCCUUUUUGAGCUAUAGUGACCUCGUUUCCAGCCGGUAGCUGGGCUUGUAGCUCAGACCUGGGACCUCUUCCACAUAGGUUUAUUAUCACCUUACUGCCCCCACUAGAUGCAUAUUGGGAGCUGGAGAUGGUGAAAAUAGACACAGCACUUUAGGGGCUAGAUGAGUAUACAGCUGGUUUAGGAGUAUAUCUGAGUUAUGUUUAUAAUAAAUAGAUAAUAUGACAGAAUAAAUGUUUAGGGAUUUUCUUUUGGUUCCAUCGAAAGUUAGAGGACCUCCUUCUAGGAUUUGUUUGCCUCUUCUGGAAUAAUGCAGGGCCUAUGUGACUCCUCGGGGACCCUGGAUGCACACAGUUCAUGUCCCCAGGGAUGAGGAUGCCAAGAAUUGGGCAGAGAGCUCCAUGAACCUGCCUCCAGACAAGGCCCGGCUCCUGCGGCAGUAUGACAAUGAGAAGAAAUGGGAUCUGAUCUGUGACCAGGAACGAUUCCAGGUGAAGAAUCCUCCCCACACUUACAUUCAGAAACUCCAGAGCUUCUUGGACCCCAGUGUAACUCGGAAGAAGUUCAGGAGGAGGGUGCAGGAGUCAACCAAAGUACUAAGGGAGCUGGAGAUCUCUCUUCGCACCAACCACAUUGGGUGGGUGCGGGAAUUUCUGAAUGAUGAAAACAAAGGCCUGGAUGUACUGGUGGAUUACCUGUCCUUUGCCCAGUGUUCUGUCAUGUAUAGCACUCUCCCUGGGCGCAGUGCCCUGAAGAACUCCCGCCUAGUGAGCCAGAAGGAUGACGUCCACGUCUGUAUCCUUUGUCUCAGAGCCAUCAUGAACUAUCAGUACGGAUUCAACCUGGUCAUGUCCCACCCCCAUGCUGUCAAUGAGAUUGCACUUAGCCUCAAUAACAAGAAUCCAAGGACCAAAGCCCUUGUCUUAGAGCUUCUGGCAGCUGUGUGUUUGGUGCGAGGAGGUCACGAAAUCAUCCUUGCUGCCUUUGACAAUUUCAAAGAGGUAUGCAAGGAGCUGCACCGCUUUGAGAAGCUGAUGGAGUAUUUCCGGAAUGAGGACAGCAAUAUUGACUUCAUGGUGGCCUGCAUGCAGUUCAUCAACAUCGUGGUGCACUCGGUGGAGGACAUGAACUUCCGGGUCCACCUGCAGUAUGAGUUUACCAAGCUGGGGCUAGAGGAGUUCCUGCAGAAGUCAAGGCACACAGAGAGCGAGAAGCUGCAGGUGCAGAUUCAGGCAUAUCUGGACAACGUGUUUGAUGUCGGGGGUUUGUUGGAGGAUGCUGAGACCAAGAAUGUAGCCCUGGAGAAGGUGGAGGAGUUGGAGGAGCAUGUGUCCCAUCUCACAGAGAAGCUUCUGGACCUAGAGAAUGAAAACAUGAUGCGGGUGGCAGAACUAGAGAAGCAGCUGCUGCAGCGGGAGAAGGAACUAGAGAGCAUCAAGGAGACAUACGAGAACACAAGCCACCAGGUGCACACCCUGCGGAGGCUCAUUAAAGAGAAGGAGGAGGCCUUUCAGCAUCGAUGUCAUUUGGAGCCAAAUGUCCGGGGCCUGGAGUCUGUGGACAGUGAGGCCCUGGCCAGAGUAGGCCCUGCAGAGCUGAGUGAGGGCAUGCCACCCUCCGACCUGGACCUUCUGGCUCCAGCCCCACCCCCUGAGGAGGUCCUGCCUCUUCCUCCACCACCAGCUCCGCCUUUACCCCCUCCACCUCCCCCAUUACCAGACAAGUGUCCCCCAGCCCCACCUCUCCCUGGUGCUGCACCCUCUGUGGUGUUGACAGUGGGCCUGUCAGCCAUUCGAAUUAAGAAACCUAUCAAGACCAAGUUCCGGCUGCCUGUCUUCAACUGGACAGCACUGAAACCCAACCAGAUCAGCGGCACUGUCUUCAGCGAACUUGAUGAUGAGAAGAUCUUGGAGGACCUGGAUCUUGAUAAGUUUGAAGAAUUAUUCAAGACAAAAGCGCAGGGCCCUGCCCUUGACCUCAUCUGCUCCAAAAACAAGACAGCGCAAAAAGCUGCCAGCAAGGUGACUCUGUUGGAAGCCAAUCGUGCCAAGAACCUGGCCAUCACCCUACGCAAGGCUGGCCGCUCGGCUGAGGAGAUCUGCAGGGCCAUUCAUACGUUUGACUUGCAGACACUACCUGUGGACUUCGUGGAGUGCCUGAUGCGCUUCCUGCCCACAGAGGCUGAGGUAAAGCUGCUGCGGCAAUAUGAGCGUGAGCGGCAGCCCCUGGAGGAGUUGGCAGCUGAGGACCGCUUCAUGCUGCUCUUCAGCAAGGUGGAACGGUUGACCCAGCGAAUGGCUGGCAUGGCCUUCCUGGGGAACUUCCAGGAUAACCUGCAGAUGCUCACACCGCAACUCAAUGCCAUCAUUGCGGCGUCUGCUUCCGUCAAGUCUUCACAGAAGCUGAAGCAGAUGUUGGAGAUCAUACUUGCACUGGGGAACUACAUGAACAGCAGCAAGCGGGGAGCUGUGUAUGGCUUCAAGCUCCAGAGCCUGGAUCUGCUGCUGGAUACCAAGUCCACUGACCGGAAGAUGACACUGCUUCAUUUCAUCGCCUUGACAGUGAAGGAGAAAUACCCAGACCUGGCUAACUUCUGGCAUGAGCUGCACUUUGUUGAGAAGGCUGCAGCAGUGUCCCUGGAGAACGUGCUGCUGGACGUGAAGGAGCUGGGCCGGGGCAUGGAGCUGAUUCGGCGUGAGUGCAGCAUCCAUGACAACAGCGUCCUCCGGAACUUCCUCAGUACCAAUGAAGGCAAACUAGACAAGCUCCAGCGGGAUGCCAAGACGGCUGAGGAGGCCUACAAUGCAGUUGUGCGCUACUUUGGCGAGAGUCCCAAGACUACACCUCCUUCUGUAUUCUUCCCAGUAUUUGUCCGAUUCAUUCGUUCUUACAAGGAAGCAGAACAAGAGAAUGAAGCCCGCAAGAAGCAGGAGGAGGUAAUGCGGGAGAAGCAGCUGGCUCAGGAAGCCAAGAAACUGGAUGCCAAGACCCCAUCCCAGCGGAACAAGUGGCAACAGCAGGAGUUAAUAGCAGAGUUGAGGCGGCGCCAGGCCAAGGAACACCGGCCUGUUUAUGAGGGGAAGGAUGGUACCAUUGAGGACAUCAUCACAGGCCUCCACUGCCAGCCUAUGGUUGUUCGCCACCAAGCCAGGAGUGCUGCACCGCCCAGUGGUCCCCCUCGGGCUCCAGGCCCCCACUGAGACCCUCUCGGAGGCAGAAGCACUUCACCCCUCAGAGUCCUACAAGUCCAACCAGUGGACCUGGAAUUGGCCAAGGGCUCAGGAGAGGGCUGUGUUGCUCUCUCAACCAUGUCCGCCCCAGCUCUUGAGGCUGGAUCUUUCUACUUGUGCUACUAUGGGCACUAGGUCUGUAGGUCCCUGGUGCUUCCAGUACUGCACUUUGCCCCCAAGGUCUUUGACUUCAUUUCCUGAAGGGUCACCAAGGGUCAGCUCAGGGCUAGGAAAAACCAUUUCCAGCCUUAGCCUAAACAGGGCACAUAGAUCUCUCCCACUAGAGCCCAAAGGGAUGAGAGGAGAGAGCAACUGUUCUUUCUUUUUUUUUUCCCCUUCCUUUUUGCAGGCCCAUGGUCAGCUCUGGUCUAGAUGUAUCUAGGCUUAGGGAGCCCUGGGACCCUGCCAGUCUCAGUUCAUCUCUUACCAGGAGCAAGGCCCUCUGAAGCAUGGGCCGUGCCAGCUGUGCCCUAGUGAUAAGGGUAAGAGGAGAGAUGUCAGGCUCACUGCCCUUAUUUCUCUGCCCAUUUCAUUCUAGGCUCACACUGUCCUUGUCAAGGUGGGCAGAAGAGCAGAGGUCUUCUCUGCACCAACCACUCUCUGCAGAUGGCUGGAGAAAGGGUGUGCCAACUCUUCACCUUCUUUCCUCAGCUAUGGUUGGUUGGUUUGUUUUUUUUUUUUUUUUGGCAGGGGACAAGGAGCAUGGUGGUCUUGGCUAUUUGCUUACCUUCCCGUUUCUCCUCUGCCCCUGGAAGGGAAUGUGGGGGCCCACUUUUUUGUACAUGUACCACCUCCCUUUCCUCUUACUGUACAUAAACCUCAGACUCUCCCCCUCAACAAAGGCUUGAUGCACCA